CGCAGAAUAAAAAAUAUGCCACAUACGGUACAUUUUUUUAAAUGUGUGAUUAUUUUACCAGAACAGUAUUCGACUUUUAAUCUCACGUGCCAAAUUUUAGGAAUGUCUUUGCUAGACAUUACCAAAAUCCCUUAUAAUUUCACAUUUUCUCAGAAUCGUCAGGAAUAUAAAUAAUUUUCAUGAUGUAAAAAAAAAACAUGAACUCCAAAGAUUUUUUAUUAAUUUACCGGUAAGUUACUCCAAAUUCGGCUUAACUGUAGAUGGAUAAGGCUUUUACAAUGGAUAUAAACCUAUUAGAACAGCUAAACCUUAUUUGUGGCUAAUCAAAGGCACUUCAAAUGGUGUCAGGUGUGUGCGGACUCACGUUUAACACAAGUUUGAAUGUGAUUGGUUAAUUCUGAACAUUCCCAGUUAUGAGAGCCUUGUGCACACUUGUGCAAACACAUUAUCUCAGUUGUUUAUUUUACUUUGUCAUGAAAAUAUUGUUUUUUUCAAUUGAGUUGUACAGGUCAUAGGUCAUAUUGACGGCGGAAAAAAAUUCAAAUGAUUUAUCUUAGGCUCAUUUUUAUGUCACAAAAACCUCCUUCCGACAGUAAUUUGAACAAUAGUUGAACAAACUGUUAUCUUUGACUACUGAUUUAAAAAGUAGUUAUCCAUCAAUUUGGUGUGCAUCCAUAAGUAAUAGUAUGAUGAUUAAAGUAUGAUUAAAUAUUUAUAUGGUUUCAAUGUCGUAACAGCCCUCUGGGGGGAACCCAUAACCGCAAUAUGGCCCAAGACAAAAAUGAGUUUGACACCGGAUUUUGAGUCCUCAAUGAACAUAACGUGCAUGUUUUUGGAAUGUGGGAGGAAGUCGUAGUACCCUGAGAAAACCCACGGAAACAAAUGGGAGAACAUCCAAACUGCACACAGGAAGGCCUGAUCCCAGAUUCACACCCAGAACCUCUGGACUGUGAGGCAGACUUACCAACCACUCUUCCAUGUAUCAGGAAUCAUUCAAUCUGUGUUGUUGUUGCGGUGAUAACAGAAAAUAAUCCAUGAAAGUUUAUACCAGAGAGAUGCCUCAGAAAGCAGAUGUGUGUGCUGUCUCUUUAAACACAAAAAUAGUAAAACUAAAAAAAUCAGAGAAGGGGACAUGUUUUCCGCUUCCUGUGUUUACUUUCACUUCUUGCUCUUCCACUCUGUGUGGUUACUGUGUGUGGCUCCGUCGGCCAAGAACAGAGGAUGGAUGAGAUGAACUCUGGUGCAAGCAUUGCCGCGGCUCCUUCCGCCGACGUUUUUUUUAAUGGGAGGACUGGCUGACUCCAAAAUAAAGUGCAUUACAGUAAUCCAGCUGAAAGAUGAUGAAGGCACGUAGGAUGGAUGAGAUGAACUCUGUUGCAGGCAUCGCCACGGCUCCUUCCGCCGACGUUCCUCCCCCUCUUAAGCAAAGCGAGACUUUCCACGUCUUCAUCAGCUACAGCAGCACCGACUACCAGUGGACGCAUUCCCUCAUAGACACGUUGGAAUCACACGGUCUUCGCGUCUGCUACCACGAUCGCGAUUUCACGGCAGGGCGCACCGUGCUGGAGAACAUGUCGGAGUGCAUCCACGAUAGCCAGAAAGUCCUGCUGGUCCUCAGCUCUGAGUUCGUGAGGAGUCGCUGGUGUCUCCUGGAAGCCAACAUGUCUCUGUUCAGAGACUGCCUGGAGAGGAAGCCCAUCGUCCCCGUGCUUCUGGAGCCGGCGGUCUGCGUCCCGCUCCACCUGUGCCACCUCACCUAUCUGGAGGCCGACGACCCAGAGUUUGUGGUCAAGCUGGUGAAGGUGCUAUUCACCCCCAACCGGCAGCUCCAAGGCUCCACGGUGGUUCCCUACCAGCCUCCGUCCAUCUACAACGGGAAGGCCCUGCAGCCUUUAACUGCUGCUAAUGUGGAAAGUCUUUACAAGUGGGAUGCGGGGCAGUUCAGUGACAUGGACAUACCAGACCAACUGCGGCUGAUCAUCGAGGACCAAGAGAAGUACAAGGAGGCCAUUGGCAUCAUCAACAGUGUGUCUAGUGAUAAAGUCUGGCUGCGGCCACUCUGGAUCAGGGUUCUGCUCUACUUUACUGGUGUGAUAAUGAUUUUGUUAUUAACCGGAAUAUUUAUUUACGCGUCAGCGAUCUUAUUCAGUAAUCUUUGGCCUUCUACUCCCUUCUACGUUCCUGCAGGAGAGUGGGCCUUAAUCAUCCUAUGUUUCUUCUCCGUUCCAAUCGGAUUGCUCAUUCACAUUUCCCUUUGGCAAAACGAUGACGAGAAGCUUGUUGUGAGGGAAAUGCAAAAAGCUGCUGGUCAGGCCAAUGCAAUCCUCUGCAAGGAGAAGCUCCUGAUGGGCUGUCGGUCCAAUUCGAUAAUGUAUCUGGUGUAUGUUUCUCUGGAUGAUUGCAAAGGGGAGCUUGCGGCGACAUUUGAGCAUCUGGCCAGCACGGAGGAGCUUUUUAAACUAGCUCUGGUCAUGUUCUCAUCAGGUUAUGCCUGUUCUCUUGCAAAAAGGCACUUCCCCUUUCCUCAGCCGUGCCCCUGGCCGGGUCACCUGGAGGAAGGGGUGUGUUUUUGCCAGUAUGUUUCUCAGCAACUGAGCCAAGGGGAAUGGAAGUGAGAGUACUGAACACUCCCAAAUCUCGUGCCAUGUAUUUGGGGUCUUCAGUGCAGAUUGCUCGACUUAAUCCACCAUUACAUUCACUAUCACACCGUAACGCUCUUUGCACGUAACAGUUUGAGGUCAUAUCUGCUGUGGAUAAUAUGGUUUAUCCUUUUCCCGUUUGGCGCAGUAUGACAGCCGCGUAUUUAUCGUAAAUAAAAUCGUAAAUAGCUGAGUAUGAGACCUAAACUAGAUGGGGUUUUUUUUCAGAGUGCAGCACAAACUUGAAUAUUGUUGUGUUCCAAUGUGCACAUCAUUUUCCUAGCGUUUUAAGGUACCACGGAUUUCCAACUGAUGUUGAACUCACUCAUGAUUACCGUACGUGUAUUGCUCAGUCCCAGGACCUGCUUUUCUGGACACUGCAGCACAUGAAAACAUUCAAUUUCAAGGAGGAAAAUACCCUUUUAUGAAAGAAAUUAGGGAACUAAACAUUUGGAUUACAAAGAUCUGCUGGAUCAAUGACAACUUUCAUUUCUAUACAAGAUGGGGAAAAGCUACCUAUAAUGUUAACUAGCCCGACAUUUACACUGAGGUUUUUCAUGCUCCUUCAUGGAUCUGAAGCAGAAACCGUGUACAGCCACUCCGUCCGUCGUGUUUAUUUGACAACAAUAAUGUAAAACAUAUUUUUUUUAAUUACAUCUUAAAUACAUACAUAACAUCCAUCCAUCCAGCCAUCCAUCCAUUUUCAACACCGCUUAUCCUGGUCAGGGUCACGGGGCGCUGGAGCCUAUCCCAGCUGACUUCGGGCAAAAGGUGGACUACACCCUGAACUGGUCGCCAGCCAGUCGCAGGGCAUAUAUAGACACAGACAACCAUUCGCACUCACAUUCACACCGUCACUGAGUGGGAACUGAACCAACGCGGCCCGCACCAAAGUCAGGCGAGUGUACUACACCAUCAGUGACCAUAUAUAACAUAACGUUACAUAUUUAGAUACUUAAAUAACUGAAAAUAUUCAUACUAACAGUACAUUACGUGCAUAUAAGCAUAUUGAUAACUAUCUUCCUGGUGUACUGGCCUGUCUCCUGGUAUCUAAUCCACGCUCUUGACUAUUUAAAUUACACUUGUGUGUUGCCUUUAAUUUUUUUUAACAGUGUAUAUAACGUAUUAACGCAGAGGGAUCAAUAGCCUUUCUUUCUCUUAAUGAGGUAACAAAUAUCUACAGUAUUUUGUUGCUCUCUGAUUAAAAUCAGACAUUAUACUACAACAUACUCUUUCGGGUUUAAGACUGAAGAAUGACUUGAUGUCUAAAACCUUCCACUUCUCUGCCCUGAUGAACACCUUUGUUGUUUGGCAGUGUCGAUGAAAACUAGCCGUUCAGCUAACUUGGGUAUAUUUACAUGUAUUGAAAUGUAAAUUACUGUACACUGUACAUUUAAAAAAAAUAAAAAUCGGGUCAUUUAUCUUGUUCCAUAAAAAUAGAUCUCCCAAGCAGUUGUCUUGCUUUCUUUAAAUUAGCAGACAAAAUCAUAGAUCGUAUAAAAUGUACACGGUUUCCGAGUUCACACAUCUGUACUUUAAAAAAUGUUUCAUAUUUGUUUUAUUUUUAUAAUUUUACAUCAUAUACUGCACUCUUAACAUUAAGUAUCUGUACAACCAAGAAAAAAAGUGACUUCAUCUUUCAACACAUGAUAUGGUUACGACAGAAAUAUGUGCUUUUAUAUUAAAAUGUGAAUUUCUCCUUAUUUUUUAUUGUUAAUGUUCUAGAUUAGAACACUGUUUCUAAGUUCUUUAGAUAGAUUUAAUUGCAUCGCAUUUUGUCAUUGUGUGUAUAUUUUUCUGAUAUAUCUAAUAAUUAGCAUAAUUUUUUGGAUGACAAGCCUACCUUUAUCAAACUACAGCGAGUUGGUGUUCACACCCCUUGUUCAUUCAAACAUAUCUAAAUUAUUAUUGUAUUUAAAAUAUACACAAACAGACACAGUAUUUGAUUGCUUUCUCAAUAUUUAAGCCAUUUAAGCUCAAUAUUUGUCGUCUUUUAUAACAUUUCGAGAAGGGAUUCAGGAUAUGAGGAGGCCUCCAUCACAAACUGCGAACAAACAGUGUGAACAGACACUGAUGAGAACGCUGGAUCAUGCUUGCGUCACAGCAGGCUUGAUCGGCCGGUCAGUGGUCAUGGUGUACAAGCGACAGCCGUGUCGUGUUUGAUGAGGGGUAAAAAUGUACCCUCAAUUAAAAUCAAAUUAAGACCACGAAGCAUGGUAGAAGUGGCAAAUGAUGGCACUGAUAAUGAGAACAGUCUUUCUUAUCUUCUCCAAUGCUUAUGUAGUUGUAUCUGUCUACAGAAGUGUUCAUGUAAUGAUUUAAUGACCUGUUUUAUUUUAAUACCCGAAAGCCGCACUCAUUAGGUAAACCACUGAUCCGCUGCAAGAGCUCUAUCGAAAGGUAUAGGCAUUACCUCAACAAUAUGUUUGAUAUUGUGCUUGUACGUUUGAAGUGAUGCAGAUCUGCACAGCAUCAUACCGACAGCUGGUUUCUAAUACAGUGGUACCGCGUUGUAUGAAAAUAAAAGGUU